GAGAAUCGCGUCGCGCGGCUGCGCGAGAUGCUGGACCGGCGGCGCGGCGGCCUCCACCUCGUCCUCGAGAACAUCGGCGACCCGCACAACGCCGCCGCCGUCCUGCGCACCGCCGAAGGGCUCGGUGUGCAGCACGUCCACGUCAUCGAGUCCAUCAGCGACUUUCACGUGACGGACCAGUUUGCGGGCUCUGCAGCCAACCGAGGCCGGCCACGCGCUGCCGGCACCAACCUGGUGUCGAUGGGCGCGUCGCGCUGGCUCACCGUCUCCCGGUACACCAGCUCGCGCACCUGCCUGGCGGCGCUGAGGGAGCUGGACCUGCAGGUGCUGACCUCGGACUGCCCUCCGCUCUCGGACGAGGAGGGCUCCGGCGUGGAGGAGGAGACUGCGCAGCAGGCGCAGGGGGAGGGAGGCUGGCAGACGCACAAGAGCCACCAGUUCGAGGCGCGGCCGAUCGACGCGCUCGAUUUUGGCGCGCGGCCGGCGGGCGCCGCCCUUGUCUUUGGGAACGAGCGGCGCGGCGUCUCCAAGGCCUUUCUGGAGCGCGCCGACGGCUCCUUCUUCCUGCCGAUGUGCGGCUUCACGCAGUCCUUCAACAUUUCGGUGGCGGCAGCCAUGUCACUCUGGGCCGCAAUCGCUUCGGGACACUUCCCGGAGGGCUCACUGCCCUCCGAGGCCAAGGCGCGGCUCAUGGCGCGCUGGCUGCUGCGCGACGUCAAGGCGGCGAAGCCCAUCCUGCGCGCCGCGGGCAUCGAGGUCGACGAGUUUUGAGGCCAGGUGUGGGCCACCGAGACAUGGGGCCCCUUGACCAAAUCUCAAUGGCGGUGCUGUGAGAGUGGCUAUUCUAGAGUACAACCUUCGUGAGAAGGUGUAUUCUAUAUCUAAGAGAGGUGGGCGGUUUUUCUUUCCGACAAGAACCACUUAUGCUUCC